UUAUAAUUAUUGUCAAAGUAACGUUUAGUUUAGUAAAGAAAGGGCGAUUGCAAGAAGCAAGCAUGAGCGAGAAAGAGAAGGAUUCUCACACAAAAGAAGAGUUAGAGGAGGAAGAUUAUGACGACAUACCCGAUCUGGAGAGCGUUGAGAGUUCAGAGUAUUGUGAUUCUGAUGAUGAUCCUACCUUGAAUUCACCAGUGCCAGAGAUAAAGGAACUAAACUCGCCUAACUUUGUCAUUGCAAAAGCUUGUCUGAAUAUGGCUGGUGGUUUCGACAGCGUUUUUAAAGAGUUUGAAGUCCUCAUGAUCUACACAUACACUCCUUUCCUCUAUGGUGAACACAUAGAUACUGCUUACUGGGACAGACAGUGGUUUGGAUUGUUCAGGAAAGCAAACUUAAUCUCUGAAAGACCGUAUAAUCUUGACCACCUGUUCAUCAGGGACUUCAGAGUCCUCGAGAUACUCGGACUGACCCUUGACUGGUGUUGGGCUCAUUUUGGCCCAAUGCUGGACGCAGUGUAUCUUACUACAUUGUUGGACUUUUGGUCAAGCGUCGGUGAUAAUAAAGACUUUUCAAAAGUGGUGGAUUAUGCUAAAAGCUUAAAGUGGUUUAAUGAAAUACUAAAUCACAUUGAAUCUCAACCUAAUGAUCUUGGAUUGAAUAAUUCAGAAUUCAAGGAUUAUCCUCAUACAGUUGAGCUCUGUGUCAUUUAUGCUAUCUGUCAUGUAAGUUACCAGAUAAUAGCUAAACAUGGUGCAAGGCAUACAUUCAAGACAGACUUUGACUCAAGGACACGAAUAGCCAGUGGAGUGUAUUCCAGCGAGAUACAGCACAGUCUGGAGAGAGCUGAGAUAUCAUUCCUUGUACUAGAAAGAGUUGAAUAUCUAAAUCAAUACAGGACUGCCCUAAGACUCAGUCCUUUUGACAAGACAAUCUACGAGAGCAGGCUUCAAGCUCAAAUACUUGGUGCCCAUUACAUGGACGCUGCCUCGGACAGUAUGAGGCUACUGUGUCUUCAGAAAAAUCACAGAGAAGCUCACAUGUGUUUGAUAAAGUCCCUGCAUGAACUCCAUGAAGAUACUAGGGCUAACAUAGCUAGGGAAAAGUAUUUCCAAUUGUUCAAAAUGUCAUCCGAUAGGACGAGACUGGAAAGAUUCUUAAUUACAAAAGAGUGUGAUAUCCCAAUUGUCAGAUCAGUACACACAGAUUCCAGCCAUUUAGACUAUAAAUGCUUAGUAGAAUUAAGCAAAGUGGGUACUAGCUAUUACCACAAAGGUGAAUAUGACGAUGCUCAUAUUGCAUUCGGUAUAUGUAUAAAGAAUGCACGCGAUAAAGCAUUGUGGAGAUAUUCAGUGUCCUGGAGAGAAGGCCUGAGGUUCCUAAUAGCCGUCCAGUAUUGCUAUGCGCAGUCUUUGUUCAAUAUGGGCAAGUGUCUCGCUGCUAUCGAUACCUUCCUUAAGCUCCGUCGCUAUCACAUGAUCUAUCCCUUUCCAGCUGCACACUUGUCCUGUGCCAUGUACUAUGUGAAACAGAACAGGUAUGCAGACGCAAUGCAGUAUGUUAACAGUGGUCUCAAAGUGUGUGACUCGUUUGAGCCUCACGAGUUCUCCGUGCUGUACUGGCCUGGAACCAACCUUCUAUUGAAGGAAUGUCAGCCUCAGAAUGCCAAGAUAAAACUGAUCCAGCUUAGAGCAGAUAUAUUGAAAGAGAUGGAGCCAUUGGCUAACUGUCAGUAUUCACAGUGUUUGAAUUAUAACAUGGAGGCUAAGCUGAAGCAGGAGGGAGAAGAGUAUAAAGGACAGUAUGUGUUGAAGUGUACCAGGAGAUGUUUCAUUCCGUUUCAUCCAACUUGUUGGACAAAGCAAAAAAACUCACUUUGCUUUCCUGACGAUAGAUCAGUCAUAUCAGAGUGUUGCUUGAAACCAGACUGUAAAGGGAAGAUAACACAUGUCAUAGAAUAUGACCACAUGGACAAAAUAAAGACUGAAGUAACUGUACAUGAUUUUAAUGGAGAUGUGAAGAAGAGGAAAGAAGACGACCCUACUCCAUUGUCAAACUCACUGCCGUCAGAGACUAACAGCAAGACAGACAAAGGGACUGAGAAUUCUAAAGGAGAGGACACUAGCCCUCCAGUUGAACAAGAGCCGAAACCAAUCAAAGAGGAAGCAAAACAGACUUGUAAUGGAAUUGAAGCUAGAAAUGGUAAAGAGAAUGUAAAGGUAACUGAUAGACAAUCGGAAGAGAAAGAAACCAAACCAAAAUCAAGAAAGAAGAAGAAAUCAAAGCAACAAAAGGAGGAGGAGGCUCCAAAGGUGAAUAAUUUAGGUUAUGCUCCUUUUGUCAUGCCAGAUAAGAAUAUAGUGUUUAGGAACAGAAUCGAAAAAGACAGAGAAUUAGCUGCUAUGAGGGAGUCUGAUCCAGCUGCUACAGUUACUGUCCCUAAACACCGUCUGAGAGAGAGAGUGAGGCAUUUCGAAGGUAAGGACAUGGACUCGAAACCAGAUCUGCCAUUGAACGUUGAGAUAGAUGAUUCACAGAUAUACAACUUCAUUGUGAGCUAUUACGAGGGGAUAUUUAAAGAGCAUGGGCCACUUGAACCAAUGGAUGCCAUACUCUCUGAUAGCCUUCAGAACUUCAAAGGAAAGAAGGAGUUUGAGAGAGUCCUCUCGCAUCAUGGCGGGCUAGGAGACUUCCUGCUUAGUUUGCCUAACUUCAAGAGAGUUGAGAGUGGUACAGGGAAGACAUUGAUUGGGCUUGAAGAGAAGCCUGAUGAUAAAGGAGAGACAGGACUUGAAAGGAAGACUCCUACUGAAGAAGACAAGCCUCCCAAUGGAGACCAGAGUAGUAGUAGCAAUGAAGCAAAGGGAGAUGAUGAUAGUAAGAGUGAUGAAAGUAACACUCAUUCUUCAGAUUCCAGCUCUAAUGAACACAAAGACAAUGCUACAGCAGAUACUAUAGACACUCUCUCAAAGGAUAAUGCUCCCUCCGAUAUAGAUACAGUGGAUAGUGCUAUCGGUGUAACGGAAGGGGUUACUGGUAUAACGGAAGGUGCUACUGGUAUAACGGAAGGUGCUACUGGUGUAAUGGACGAUAAUACUGGUACUGUAUCAGGAGAUGUUGAUACUACUGGUGUACAAGUAGGAGACAUCGAGUCAGAGAUAAGAACUAGCCCAGAGACAAAUGGAGGAACAGCCACUACAGAAGAAGUGGACACAUCAGGCAAUGAUACGACCACUGGACCAGCUGUUGAACAAUCAACCACUACACCCGAGAAACCUGUGAUAGAAGAAACCGACGGUAAUAUAGAACCUGAACCUCCUGAACCAGACACUCCAAAUGAAGAUGAGGGGACCAAAGACAAUGAUAAAGCUACAGAGUCUAAAACUGGGGAUGAUGAUACACCAGCUGCUAAAGAAGUAAAGGAAAAGAAGAAAAAGAAAAAUGAUAAAUUCAUUAUCGGAGGAGCAAAGGCUUUGAGAGAAGAGCAGCCUGCAAUACAACACGUGGGAAUAGAACCACACCAGCAUGUGGGAAUAGGACCACAUGAUGUAGCUCCCAUUAGAAUAGGCUGCACUCAUGCUCCUGUGUCCCCUCCUCCACCGCCUGAAAUAAUACAAGUGGAGAAAAAGACUGAAGUUCAUAGUGUAGAGAAAGAAGAGGAAGAUGAAGAAGAAGAAGAAGAAGAGAAGGCCGGCAGUAGUGAUAAGUCAACCCAGUCCUCUAUACUUGAUACCAGGCAGACUGAGACACAGACUGAGACUCUAGUAGUGAGGACACUAGGGAUCAAUACUGACCCAAUGCCGGUUGUAAAGACUUAUAAAGAGAAUUAUGAGGAGGUGAAGGAAGCAUAUGAGAAGCUUUUAAAGGAGAAGAAGAGUCUUGAAUCAAAGUUGAAUGUGAGCGAAGACACUAAAGUCAAAAUGCAGAGACAGCAUUCAAGAGAACUGGAUAAAAAUGUUAAGAAAGCUCAGAGCGAAAUGAGAAAAGAAAUGGAGUCAAAGUUACAUCACAAUGAAGAGCUACUCAAGUCAGAGAGGGACAAGCUCCAGAGGGAGAGAAGAGAGAGCAGCGAACAGAUCAAGACAUUGAAGGCAGACAAUAAACAGCUUCAGGAUAAACUGAACAAACUUAAGAAAGAUAUGCAAAAGAAAGAUAAAGAAAAACAAGAUGCCUCUAAAGCUUUCCAAGAUGAAAAGGAAGAAACAGCAAAGAAACUUGCUUCACUUGAAGAACACUAUCAGAGUCUCAUUGAGGCCUCAAAAAAGAGAGCAAUAGAGUCUGAAGUACGUUUACUGAUCGAACGUAAAGAAACCUUCAUUAAGCCAACCGAACAAAGACUACAAGAACUUGAUAGAUUAUGUAAAUUUGCAUCACAAGCAAUGCCAGGAGUAGAGACUGAGCUGGUAGCUUAUAGGGAGCAAGUGAAGGCAUCAUUGGAUACAUUCAAGAGCUCAAUUGAUGAUCAAGUUAGUAAAUUGAACAAGAAAGGAGCCGAGUUGAAUGAUUUAGAACCAGUCAAUCCGCCACUGUCACACAUGUCACCACAACUAAAAAUGAAAACCCAGCUGGUUCAGAGAUCUUUAUUUGCAUCACUCCAGCGUGGUGGAGGAGUACCUGGUCUACAGCCUUCAGGAAUACAGCAACCACCAGGAAUCCAACCACCAGCUAUGCACACACCUCAAGAACCUCCCCCACCUCCAGUCUCAAUGGUAGAUCAAAACAUGAAGACAGGAGGGAGUGAAGGAGGGAGUGGAUCAGAUAAUGUAUUGACAUUUCCAAGUGCAAAUCCUGAAUCACAUUCCCAUGUACAGAUUGGUAGUGGUUUUGGAAUGAAUAGUGCUACUAGUAACAGUGGUAUGGGUGGUGGUAUGGGUCCCAGUUUAUCAGGAUUGGAGCAGACUGGUAUGGGAAUGAAUCAGACAGGCAUGGGAAUGAAUCAGCCUGGUAUGGGAAUGGGACCCAGUCAGAUGAGAAUGGGACCUGGUCAAACUAAUGGUCAAAGUAGCAUGGGAAUGAACCAAAAUAGUAUGGGAAUGGGUCCAGCUAUGAAUCAGGCAGGAAUGAGUAUUGAUCAAGGUAGUAUGGGAAUGGGUUUCAAUCAGACCAGUUCCAGUGGAAUGGGAAUGAGUCUCGGUGGCCAAACUGGAAUAGAAACUGGAAUGAAUUUUAGUCAAGCUCCCAACCAGCCUGACAUGGGGAUGGGAAUGGGUCUGAGUCAAGUAGGAAUGGGAAUGAAUCAGUUCGGAAUGGGAAUGAACCUGCCUCAAGGUGGAAUGGGAAUGGGUCAAUCUGCUAUGAACAUGGAUCACUCUAGAAUGGGAAUGGGUUCUAUUGGAACGGGAAUGGGACCUGGAAGUUUAGGAAUGGGUCAUGUAGGAACAGGAAUGGGUAAAGCAGGCUCAUUCAGUGGAGGAAUGAGUAUGAAUCCACCACAAGUAUCAGCGUCUAAUCAGAAUCCUUCAAUGCAGCCUCCACCAGCUAGUCAAGGAGGAGGAGCUAAACCAAACUCUGAGAGGAGAAAUUUUGAUCAGCUGGUAUCUAAACUCUCUCCACAUUAUCCUCACUAUUCGAGGGAGGAUUUCAAGAGAGCCGUUUUAGAACUGAGAAAGAACAUAAGUCUCACUGGCCUGCCACUAGAUGAUGUCAUUCAGAAAGUAAGAGAAGUUAUAAAUGAGAAAGAAAUGAGUAGAAUGAAUCCACCUCAAGUUCCUUCAUCAUUGUCUCAAAUGACACCAAGUGAUGGUUUUCCAUUCUCUCAGCAACCUCUGAUGAAUCAGGGGGGCUCCAUGUUUCGUCCUAAUAUCCUGCAGCAGCCAUCUCCUAUGCAAUCUCCUCCAUUGCCAGUUCGUCAUUUACAGCAACACCAGCAGCAGCAGUGGGCACAGCAUCAAGCCCAAAAACAGCAUCAAAUGCAGGCACUCCAGCAACAGCAUCAGCAAAUGCAGCAGCACCAACAGCAGUUGCAGCAGCAGCUUCAAUCCCAGCAGCAUCAUCAUCACAUGGAGUACAAUGAUGAUAACAAUUGUAUCAUAUGCUAUGAGGAUAUGGCCCCUAGUGAUUCUAUUGCAUUGGACUGUAGGCACAGAUUCCAUAGUCAUUGUAUUCGUUCGUGGUUGAAGGAACAGAAAACGUGCCCAACGUGUCGUAAAUAUGCUUUACUCAAGGACGAGUUCCCAUUCCUUAAUUAAGAAACUUCUAACGCUAACCUAAAUAUUGUAUACGUUUAGUUUUUUUGACUCCCUAUAAUUAAUUGUGCUGAGUAGUUUAAUGACUUAUAAUAGUGUAAGUCUACUGCUACUAUUAUUAUGAAUAAAUAAAGAGAAAAUUAAUUUUAACAAUAAGUUCUUUUUUGAUCAUUGUUUAGUAAUGUAUUCUC